AUGAGUCGCGAUUUCUCCCCACCCCGGGACCGCACCCUCGAUUCUCCGCCGGUUCCGGUUGAUGCGCGUUCGGCGGGGCGCAGCGCGGAGCGGACGGAGUUGGCGGCUCUGAACGAUCGCUUCGCCGCUUUCCUGGAGAGGGUGCGGGCGUUGGAGAGGCAGAACGGAGCCCUCCGCUCGGCCAUCGGCCGCGCCGCCGCCGCUCCCCGCGCUGCGGGGUUGGUGCGGGGAGAGCUGCGGGGGCUGCGGGAGCGGCUGCAGCGCCUCGGCCGGGAGAGGGAACGGCUGCAGGGAGAGCGCGAUGGGCUCGCGGCGGAGCUGCAGGGGCUGCGGCGGCGGCUGGAGGAUGAGAUGCAGAAGCGAGAAGAUGCAGAGCAGAGCCUGGUGCUGUUCCGCAAGGACAUGGACGAUGCCACGCUGUGCCGCCUGGAGCUGGAGCACAGGAUUGAGCUGCUGAUGGAUGAGAUCAGCUUCUUGAAGAAGCUGCACGAGGAGGAGCUGUGGGAGCUGGAGGUGAAUGCACAGAGCCCACAGGCGGGGGCACGAAUGGAGCUGCAGCAGCCGGAUCUGACAGCUGCACUGCGCGACAUCCGCACGCAGUAUGAGAGCAUCACUGUCACAAACCUGCAGGAAGCCGAGGAGUGGUACAAAGCCAAGUUUGCUGAUCUCUCGGAUGCUGCCAACCGUAACUGCGAGGCGCUGCGGGUGGCCAAGCAGGAGAUGAACGAAUCCCAGAGGCAGAUCCAGAGCCUCACCUCCGAGGUGGAUGGGCUGAAGGGCAUGAAUGAAGCACUGCAGCGACAGAUGCAGGAGAUGGAGGAUGAGUUUGGCACGGAGAUCAGGAGCUACCAGGAGGCGAUGGGGAGGCUGGAGCAGGAGAUCCAGUGCAUGAAGAAGGAGAUGGCACGGCAGCUGCACGAGUACCAGGAUCUGCUCCGUGUCAAGAUGGCCCUGGACGUGGAGAUCGCCACGUACCGCAAGCUGCUGAACAGUGAGGAGGGCUGCAGGUGGUGAUGGAGUCGUGCAAGGAGUGGAGCCCAAGUGAUGAAGAGGCCUCUGCGGCCGUCCCCCAUGCCUGUGCCUUUAUUUAUUGCUAUUUGCUGCUGUGCUCAACGUUGUAGCAGAGCGGAGGGGGGGGUCCCGCCGCUGCCCACCCAACC